AUGUGUUGUUACCAGACCUUGAACAGACCUGAUAUCUGUUUUGCUGUUGGCAUGGUUAGCAGAUUUCAAUCUAAUCCUGGGCGAGAACACUGGACUGCAGUCAAGCAUAUUAUCAAGUACUUGAAAAGGACUAGGGAUUAUAGGUUAGUUUAUCAAUCUGACGAUCUUGUACCCAUUGGGUAUACAGAUUCGGAUUUUCAGACUGAUAAGGACUCUCGGAAGUCAACCUCUGGUAAUGCUUUUGUCUUGGGAGGUGGAGCCAUAAGUUGGAGGAGUAUUAAGCAAACUUGUGUUGCUGACUCCACCAUGGAAGUUGAAUAUGUGGCAGCUUCUGAAGCUGCAAAGGAAGCUUGCAAGCUAACUGAAGCAGCUUCUGAGGUACGCGUUAGGGGUAUUGUUGUGGAUUCCCAUCUGAGAGCAAGAGGGGUAAAUGAUUUUGAAGCUCUGCUUCAUAGAAACCUUGUUAGAGAUGUUUUGGAAGUUAAAAGGGAGGUCUACACCAUGAAGGAUGAGAAUAGGCGACUUAUGGGAAAAUUGAACGGGAUGGAUGGGGUUGUAAGGCAUAUGAAGCAGCUGAAUUGGAUGGGUGAUGUUGUAAUGAAUAUUAAUGGAUAG